CACGCACACACUCUGCGCAAGAAUCCCCAACCCACCGAGAGAGAGGGAGAGACUUUGGGACCAAGAACUUAAAACCCAGACUACGGUUUUGAUGUCACGUGCAACCAGAAGAUGCACACGAGACAUCUCUCACUUUGUGGCUUAAACCCUUCCUACGGCAAGGCAAAGGGACCAGUAACCCCUCAUAAGCUCCUUUAGUUGGCUCUCCCCAUCUCUCUCUGCUAGUAGGUCUCUCUCUUUCUCUGAAACUCUUCAAUCAACAGACUCGGUCUGGGCCACUCCAAUUAGAGAUGGCAAGAUGGGAUGAGAUUCUGUCCCUCCCUGUACAGAACCCUCCAACCUUAGAAUUUUCCUCUGCUGAUCUUGUAUGGUCCAGAGUGGAAGGUUGGCGUGACAAUAUAGAUAGACUUGCUCUGAUUCCUUUUGCAAGAGUGGAUGAUUUUGUGAGGGGGGAAUCCGCCAACAAAGACUGCCCAACGAGAUUCCAUGUUGAAGCAAGGAGGAGGCGGCCUCCAGAGAUGGCUUACAAGCCUAAAGUCGAUGGCAUUCUUGAAUACAUCUUGUAUUGGUGCUCCUUUGGUCCAGAUGACCAUAGGAAAGGAGGUAUCGUUCGACCUAGUAGGACUACAUAUGUGCCAAAGAAGAAAUCUGCUGGUCGGCCAAACACAAAGAGAGGGUGCACCUGCCACUUUAUUGUGAAACGCUUAAUUGCUGAGCCAUCAGUAGCACUUAUCAUAUAUAACCAGGAUAAGCAUGUAGAUAAGAAGGGGUUGCCGUGCCAUGGCCCACAGGACAAGAUGGCUGCAGGAACACGAGCUAUGUAUGCUCCAUACAUCUCGGAGGAUCUCCGUCUCCGUGUCUUAUCUCUACUACAUGUUGGGGUCUCGGUGGAAACCAUAAUGCAGAGACACAAUGAGUCGGUGGAGAAACAGGGAGGUCCAUCCAACCGGGAUGACCUGCUAACCCACAGGUACGUCCGGAGACAAGAAAGAAGCAUCCGCCGUUCUACAUAUGAACUGGACCCAGAUGAUGCAGUCAGCAUCAGUGUGUGGGUUGAAAGCCACCAGAGUCAUGUUUUCUUCUUUGAGGAUUUCUCUGAUUCGGAGCCUUUUUACUUGGGGAUUCAAACAGAGUGGCAGUUGCAACAAAUGAUUCGGUUUGGCAACCGCAGUCUGCUGGCUUCAGAUUCAAGGUUUGGAACAAAUAAAUUGAAGUAUCCCAUUCACAGUCUUGUUGUGUUCAACUCAGACAACAAGGCUAUUCCAGUUGCAUGGAUAAUAGCACCAAGGUUUGGUAGUGGUGAUAUGCGUAGAUGGAUGAGGGCUCUUUACAAUAGAGUUAAUGCAAAAGACCCUACAUGGAAGUUGGCUGGUUUCAUAGUGGAUGAUCCUUUGGUUGACCUCCUUUCAAUCAGGGAAGUGUUUCAGUGUUCUGUAUUGAUAUGCUUUUGGCGGGUUCGUCAUGCAUGGCACAAAAACUUAAUGAAGAGAUGCUUAGAAAUUGAGAUGCGUGCAGAGAUAUCAAAGCGUCUUUGUCAGGCAGUGCAUAACAUCUGCAAAGGAUUUGGAGCAGCAGAUUUGUUUGAGGAUUUCAUGGAAGAUUUUGUAGAUGCCUCAGAUUUUAUGGAUUACUUCAAGGCGAUUUGGUUCCCAAGAAUAGGGAUGUGGACUAUGGCACUCAAAACUCUUCCACUUGCCAGCCAAGAAACCUGUGCGGCAAUGGAGUUUUAUCACAACCAAUUGAAGCUCAGGUUGUUCAAUGAAAAGGAUCCAAGUGUUUAUCAACGCGCUGAUUGGCUGGUAGAUAAGUUGGGUAAUAAAGUGCAUUCCUACUUUUGGCUUGAUGAGUAUUCAGGGAAGGAUGAUUUUGCACGAUACAGGAGGGAUGAAUGGGUGAGUGGUUUAACAGCUUGGCGCAAAUCGUUGAAUAUUCCAGACUCUGAUGUUGUCAUGGAAGGCAAAUGCGCGAAAGUUAUGGACCAGCACGAUCGAGAUAUAGCUCAUGUUGUGUGGAAUCCAGGUUCAGAAUUUGCACUUUGCGAUUGCAGAUGGGCAGAAACGGGCAACCUGUGCGAGCAUGUGUUUAAAAUUGUCAAUUUUUUGCGUGAUAAAGGUUCUAGUACGCCAUCUGUUAGCCUAUUUCAGUAUAACCAGGCUUUGAUUAAAAUGUUGCAGUGUCCACGUUAUGAUUCUUUGAUUCGCGAUCAUGCUGUUUCUUUAGCAGUCUGGGUACAGAUGCAGUUAGACACCCAAAAUGAUCCAGAAAGCAGCCAGACCACUGAGGAUCCGCCCGAGCAACAAACUGUUCAAGAUGAAGAGGCGGGAAAUGAGAACCAUAGUACGAAUGAGAUCAAUGCAUCACAUAGUGGAGAUGAUCCUGGCAUCGGAGAUGGGACUCCAGACUGUAUUAUGGGUGUUCAAGAUGAAGAGGCUGGAAAUGAGAACCAUAGUACGAAUAAGAUCAAUGCAUCGCAUAGUGGAGAUGAUCCUGGUGUCGGAGAUGAGACUCCAGACUGUAUUAUGGGUGAUUCAGGUGGCGGCUUGAUUGAUCUGGUGGGUAGUGAGAAUGGCGAUUGUGACGCCGGCGCUGGGUAAACUUUUACCUUACGAGCCAAGUUUUGGUUCCGGUACUGUGGUCAGUGUAAUCUUUUAGCUUACCACAAUAGAAAAACAAGGAAAGCUUCAUCAUGGUAAACUGUAUUUGUGGAUGAAUGAAGUUGAAAGGCUGAUGGUCAUUGCAAUGAAGAAGAUGAAGGGGAAAAUUUAUUAGGCUGUGGCUAGUUGGCAAACAUUAUUUCAAUUUGGUUGUAAAUAUCAAAUUAAUGUAUCAUGAUACAUACACAUCUAAGGAUGGAUAUGCAUCAGUUUCUCUUUGUUCCACAAGUGAUCGA